AUGAUGUCUGAGGUUGUUGAGUCCGUUGGUAAACUGUGCCCAAUUUGUCAUGAUGAUAUUGACUACUUUGCAUACGGAUCAUGUAAUCAUCCUACAUGUACAAAAUGUGUACUGAAGUUGCGAAAGUUUGGAAGCGCUGAUGAGCCUGAAUUUUCACAAUGUCCUACUUGUCGGCAGAAUAUUAACAGAGUUGCGAUUAUGAGGAAUUUCGUUCCGUUCGACAAUAUUGACGUGUCCUUACUUCGACAUGACUCAAAGUUUGAUUUUAUGUUUCCUGAUGUGGAGAUUGAACAGCACUACCUAAACAUGCUUAAAUCAGUCUGCCCUAUUUGUGGUGAAGAAAAAAAGUCUCUCUCUGCCUUAAAUAGACACACUACUUUGGAGCAUCAGCUUUCUUAUUGUGAUCUCUGUAUUCGAUAUGCCAGGCUUUUGCCAUGUGAAUUCGUACUUAUGAAACCAGCUGACCUUACAAAACAUCGUUCAUGGGAUAAAAACAAGAAGAAAGGCCAUCCUUUGUGCGAUUUCUGUAAAGAACGAUUUUAUGAAAUGGAAGACUUAAUAACCCAUAUUCGUGAUCUUCACUUUUUAUGUGAUCUUUGCAUGACUACAGGAAAGUUUGUGGUUUUCAGACAGCAGUGUGAAUUAUUAAACCAUUACGGUGAAUCUCAUCAUCUAUGUUCCGAGUGUCGAGCUCAACAACGUAUCUCAUGUUUUGCAACCGAGGAUCGUUUAGGCUUGCAUCGUUUUCAAGAACAUCCAAAUGAAGUGGCCAAUGAUCCCAACUCCUGGCUUCCGAUUUCUAUACGACACGUAACAUCUACUGAUUCUGCUUUCAGGCGACGUGACCAAAUAUUUCCUGAUGUAUAUAGUGUGGAUGGCGUUGUUGAUGCAUCUGAUGGUAGACUUACUUCACAAGACAAUCCUAGUGUAACAUACCGACGACCUAAUCCUUCUGAAUGGACCGGUGAAGAUUUUCCUUCACUUCAGUCGACCAGACCAAUGACCACAAGUUCUCACUUAACAACAAAUGAGUCUAGGAGUCCUCAAACACCCGUACAAAGACUUAGGGAGUCAACCACUACUUUGACAGAACGCGAGAUAAACGACACAAAUAAUUCCGUACAAAAUAAACGACCAAUAACUGGUGGAAGUUGGGUUUCUCGUGUUGCUAAUGUCAAUUUUACUAAUAAAGAUCGUCUUACAUCUGAAGAUUUUCCUAGUUUAACACAAUCAACAAAUCCUUCCACUGGCAAACCUCCCACGUGGGUUAGAAGUAAUGCUUCUCAACUCAUACAAAAUCCUCAGACCGAUACAUCCAAUCAUUUUAGCUUUCCAACUCUUGGAUCAAACAAUCAUGCUUCUGCUAGUAGUAGUAGUCCUUCGUCAGGAUGGUCGAAAACAAGCCGUAAUACAUCUUCGGAAGAACAACUUAAGUCCACAUUUCCUCAGUCAGUUUCUCUGCAGACGCCUACAUCUUCCGAUUUUCCGUCACUUCCAACAAAUUCCAAUCCUAGUCAUUCAAAUCGCACUAUCAAUUUAACUUCAAAGUCAGUUUUAGAAAAUAAAUCCAAGGUGUUUAAAACACCAGCGGCUGAUGCAAUGAAAAAGAAAACUGAACCUUUAACAGUCACAACCGCAUUAAAAAUUACGAAGAAACCAAAACCUAGAAACAACUCAAGAACAAUAAACAAUAAUAUGGAUGAGCAUGGUGGUAUGACUUUAAGGGAUGAUAGCGAGAAGUAUGCUGAUGAUCAGUCACCAUUGGAAAAACCUCAGUUCAGUCAUAUCCGAACAGUAGAUGUUCUUAAUAUUAAUCAACAAUCAUCUAGUCAAAUAAAUCUAAUUAAUCAUGAACCAUUAUCACUUACAAAUGAUUUUCCAUGUCUAUCUGAAAAUAAAACUAAUUCCAAUGAUACAAUACAGAAAAAAUCACAAAAUCGACAAACAAAAAAGAAAAUCAUUGAUACUACUGUUCAUCAAUCUGAACAACAACACUCUUCUCAUACAACCAGUAGUGUUGUGAAUAACACUUUAAAACCUGAAAUUAAUUCAUUAAUCAAACUUAUAAAAUCUAUUCAUUUUAAUGAUAACAUGGAUAUUGAAUGCUUAUUAUAUGCUAAAUCUCAAUAUGUAGCUCCACCGGAUAUGGAAAUACGUAAUCGUGAAUUAAUUCAAACAGUGGAAAAUGAUUUAUUUGAUAAAAGUGGCAAGACAGCUUUUAUUCGGUUUGCUGAUUUAUCACGUCGUUAUCGUUAUAAACAAAUCAAUGCUACAGCUUACUUGGAAGGCUUAAUUGGUCUUCUAAAUGUCAAUACUGUGAAUCAGAAUGAUGAUGACAAUAUUCCAUACUGGAUAGGUCCGAUGAUUUCCUUAUUGCCUGAUAUAGGGCUUCAACGUGCCUUACUUCGUGCUCUGCAAGCACAAGGAUCUCCACGUAUUCCAGUUGAUAUGCAAGAAGCUUUGUUAAAAAGUGGUCAUCAAUUUAAGCGCAACAAAAUCCCUAUAUUAGCUCUUCCUCCAUGGUCAAAGAAAGUCCUAAAAACAAUGCAAACAUGCCAGGAAUGUGGUCAAGUUUGUCUACGAAGUGAUCUAUCGAUUCAUAUGGAAUUGGCUCAUUCUGUGUAUAUAUUCUUGUGUAUAAUGGUACAUAAGAAACGUCCAAAGUCGGUACGGAAUGCACGAAAUGCAGCGCUUGCAUUGGAGGAAAAACGUUACACCAAAACCCCACAUACAAUGGUUUUCUCACGUCCUGGUGUUGGAAGUUUAGUGAAACAAUUAUCUCUCGAUGUUAGAGAGAUUUUUGAACCCUUUACAGCUAGCCGUUUACGUGUAACCCGUCAGAAUGUACUGAAAGAUUUUAUUACUAUCGCUGGUCCAUUGAACGUAACACAUUUGUUAUAUUUCACACACCCUAAUGAUGAGAAACGUGAACAGAAACGUGCCCGUCGUUUAGCUAAAGCUUCUGCAAAACAGUUAAAAAAUGAAAAUUCUUCAGUUGAACAAAAUACUACUGAAAUUCAAGCAGUAACCAGUAAAAGUUGUAGUAACCACGGUGGUGUUUAUCUACACAUGAUUCGUGUUCCGCAUGGACCUAGUCUUACUUUCCGUGUUGCUGAAUAUAGCUUGAAACGUGAUAUACAAACUUUGGUUCGUCGAGUUUUCGAUAGUCGUCAGUAUAGUUCACCGCCUUUGUUAGUAAUGACUGGAUUUGGUAUGGGCGGCACGAACGCGAAUACAUCCGCUCCAUUGCCACAUCUACGUUUAGUCGUAGAUAUGUUUCAAAAUUUACUGCCUCCAUUAAAUGUUCCGAAGCUUAAACUUAGUACAGUAAAACGAGUUUUACUUGUUAGUCGAGAAGUCGACACUGCAUACAUUAAUACUACUACUAAUGACAAUAGUAGUAGUGGUUGUACUGGUGACGACACAAAACAGCACCAACCACAGCAAGUGAAUGAUGUAAUUUACAUUCGACACUUUCAUAUUCGUACUGAAAAUCGUUGUAUAAGCCGUGCACUACGACGUCUUGGUGUUGGCGGUGCAAAAAUGAAACGUCGAUGUGUUGAUAACUCUGAGUUGAAAUGUGGAAUUGGUCCAAGUGGUUCAGGAAAAACAACAGGUGUACCGAAUUUAGCGAAAUAUUCAUCUAUGGACGAUUUUUUAACUAAAACAGGACUUUUAUCCGAUUCAGCAUUAUCAGAUAUUUUAUCAGAUAUGGAAGAAGUUGAUUUAGUUUCAGAUGUUCACUUGUCAAGUUCUGGAUUCGCUAACGCAGAUGCUAUACAAUCACGUAAACGUAAACAUGGUCAUGGCACUAGUUCAAUACAUGGAUUAAAACAUUUAGGCACAGCUAAAAAAGCUACAAUUCGACUUACUGAAAUUGGACCAAGAAUUACUUUAAAUCUAAUUAAAAUAGAAGAAGGUGUAAACACUGGUACAGUUUUAUAUCAUCGUUGGCAAACACGUACACUAUCUGAAUUAGCUCAUCAAUCAGAAUGUCUAAGACAACGUGAACUAAUUCGUGCAAAACGUCGUGCUGAACAUGAAGCUCGACGUUUAGCGAAUGAAGCUGAACGUGAAGCACAUCGUGCUAUUUGUCUUGAAGGUAUGAAACGUGCUGGUCAAUUGUCAACACAAGAUGAAAUUAAUACUGAUGAAAAACCAAUAAAUUCUAAAAUGGUUAAAUUUCAAUUAGAUGAAAGAACUGAAAAGAAACGUAAAAAGAAAUUAGAAGUCAAUGAAAAAUCUAGCAAAUCAGUUGUCAAAAAAGCAUUCAAAAGUAAUCUCAUUGUUAGAAAAAAGAAGAAAUAAUAUCAGCAAUUGUUUAAUUCAAAUAUUAUUUCUGUACAAAUCCAUAAUAGAAUGGUGUAUUUGUGUGUGUUUUUUUUAUUUUGUAAAUAUCUGUAAAUCAUAUUUAUUAAAUAGAAAUGUUUGUUCU